GGACGGGACGGGGGAGUGUUGGCUAUCGGACCGGAUACGGCGGUUGGUGAUGGCGGGCUUGUUCGCACGGAUCGUCUUCUACCCGAGUUUAGGCUACAACGUCUUCAUGUCGAAGGUGUUCGGCCGCCACUGGUAUGACCGAAUUGACCAGACCGUCAUCAUUGGGGCUCUCCCUUUCCGCUCGCUCACCGAGGAGCUAGUAACAAAGGAGAAUGUGCGAGGAGUGAUAACCAUGAAUGAAGAUUAUGAAACCAAGUUCUUUGUAAACACAGCUGAGGAAUGGGAGUCACUUGGAGUCGAACAGUUAAGACUCAGCACAGUAGAUAUACUUGGUGUACCAAAAUUGGAAGAUCUGAAGAAGGGCGUUGAUUUCCUUACCAAAUAUCGUAAAAAAGGAAGCUGUGUCUAUGUGCAUUGCAAGGCUGGACGCUCCCGGAGUGCCACUAUGGUAGCAGCAUAUCUAAUUCAUCUACAUCAUUGGAGUCCAAAGAAGGCAUGUGAAUAUAUUGCAUCUAUCAGAUCUCAUAUUGUUAUUCGCAGUGGACAGUUUAAGAUUCUGAAGAACUAUUAUUGUGAACUUUUCUCGGAGGAGCCAGAUGUCUUGUGUGAAACAAAAAGUGUUGCAGCUUUCAAGUCAUAAAGGAUUCUAGUAUGGACAUAAAUACACUAAGUAACUCCUACUGAUUAAAAUUAACAAAAGGAGGUUGCAAUUAAGUUCCAACUUUGUGAUCACCAGAUUUCAGCCAUGUGUUAAUCUUUGUUCUUACUGGUGCACGAAUAGAGUACUGAACAGCCCAUUUUGAACAGUUUAUUUUGUUGAAAUGUUUGUUAUUUAUUGAAAGAUGGUGUUAAAAUAGUUUUCAAUCCUAAGGAAGUUAUUUUUGGGAAAAAAAAUUUAGAUGUUAGAAACUUCUUCACUCAUUGUUAAUUUCUGAGUAUAUGCGUACAAAUUUUCUGAACAUGUGUAUAGAAACUGUUAUGUUACGUUGAAAUUGCUGUAUCUGCUUGCGCCGGUGAAAGGAUAUUGCAACUUCUUUGUUCACAAAGACACAUUUGGUGGCAUUAGUCCCUAGGAAAAGCAAACAUUUUUUUGUUAUUUAUGUGAUUUGUAAAUGUUAUCUGAAAGGGAGUAAUUCCAUAAAUCCAUGCUUUCAAAAGGAGCUGCUCAAAUUGCACCUUCUGCUGAAAAUUUGGGAUUGGAGAAUUACUCCUCUACAUACCUUUUUAAUAAAAUAUUUAACAUGUUAAUAUAUAAAAUGAAUAUCUUUGUAAUUAAAUUUAUAAAUAAAUGAUUUUAGACUUGUCAA